UGCGUACGUCUGCAUUAAAGUGAGAAGAGUGAAGACGGUCCAGGAAUGAGAUUUGUUCAGGUUUUACACAGUGAUACUAUUCUCAUAGUCAGGAAGUCUGACUAUCCAUUGGGGACAAAGGAAGGGAACAGAAAUGUUCCGGUGUCUGUGCAAGAGGAUCCAUCCGAGAGCCGUCCGUGCUUUGUGUUGAAUUGAUUGGCUGGAGCUUAGAUACAAAAAAAACUGCAGAUGCUGGAAUCCAAGGUAAACGAGCAGGAGGCUGGAAGAACACAGCAAGCCGGGCAGCAUCUGGAGGAAAGGAGCAGUCAACGUUACAAGUAUUACCUUUCGUCAGGACUGCUUAGUGUUGGAUAUUGCGUGUUUACUGGAAGUUGCGAUUGCACACACCAUAUCCCUUUUGAUUGAUUGGAUAAAUUUUGUCCGAGUGUCAUUGCUGAACAUGAGAAGCUAAUGAAACAGCACUGCUCCUGCAGAAGGCCUGAGGGUUCUUAGAGAUUACCUAUCUAAGACCAAAAUGCAUUCCUAGUGAGAGACACAUUCUCUGAGAAGGCCUGGCAGAAAACUGAACGCAACUGCCUUCCAGCUGAUCUUCUGCUCAGCUCCUCAACAUGAGUAAAAUGCCAACUUGUAGGAAAAUGGUGGCAGCAUGAUGGAUAAGGCCGUGAAAUUGUUCCAACCAUCCUCCUGCCUGUUCUUCACGAGGCAAUUAAGUCCAGCACAUGGAUCUUGGCUAGGAAGUAGAGGAAUUGCAUCUUGAGACAUCCAAAGUUAGAGCCCAUUUCUGCAGUUCCAGGGUGAUAAGAUUGGGCUCAGAUAGCCAUCCACGCAGCACCAAAUCCAUUAUAGUAAGUUAAUGCUCAGGACCAAGCCUCCAGCCUCAGUACAUUAGCCACUUUCAGCUGUUUCACAAUCGAGUCUUGCUGGAGUUACAGUGGGAGGAAGAACAAAUUGGAUUAAAUCUUAUUGGGAAUACAGGGAGAAAACAAUGGCACGGGUAUAUCCUACUCCUUAUCAAAGGAAUGGCUUCUGCAAGUCUACUUCAGGGGUGAGAUUUUGGCAAAGCCCUAAUCCAGUGUGUCCUGUAACAUAAGGGCAUCUACAUGGGAAAGAAACCAUACAAGUGUGACAUGUGCGGGUGGACCUUUGAGCAGUCACCAGAGCUGGUGAGCCAUCUCCGCAUGCACACCGGGGAAAGGCCGUUCAAGUGUGAGGUGUGUGAUAAGGCUUUCAGUCAUUCAUCGAGUCUUGUGAAACAUCGGCACGUUCACACAGGGAAAAGGCCGUUCCAAUGCAAGGCUUGUGAAAAGGCCUUCGCACAAGCAUCCACACUGCUGCAACACUGGCGUAUCCACACGGGUGAGAAACCAUUCAAGUGUAAGUUUUGUGACAAAGCAUUCCUGACGCAGUCACACCUCAUGGAGCAUCGGCGUACCCACACGGAAGGGAAAGCUUCCAAGUGCAAAGCCUGCAGCAAAGCUUUCCUAACUUCAGUGGGCCUCCUGGAACAUAAGUGCAUUCGUAAAGCUGGGAAACUGUUCCGGUGUGAGGUUUGCAACAAAGAUUUCUGCAGCUCUGCUUACCUUGUUGUGCACCAGCGCAUCCACACUGGUGAGAGGCCAUUCAGUUGUGGGGUGUGCAACAAAGGUUUCUGCAACUUAUCGUACCUUCGGAAGCACCAGUGUAUCCACACAGAGGAGAGACCGUUCCGGUGCAAGGCUUGUAACAAAGAUUUCUGCAGCUUAUCAUACCUCCGAACACACCAGCGCAACCACACCGAUGACAGGCCCUUCAGGUGUGAGAUUUGUGACAAAGAUUUCUGUAGCUCAUCGUACCUUGUGGUACACCAGCGCAUCCACACAGGGAAGAGACCGUUCAGGUGUGAGGUUUGUGACAAAGCUUUCUUGAGCUCAUCCUACUUCCUGAGACAUCAGUGCAUUCCGGCAGGUGACAAGCCAUUCAAAUGUGAAUUUUGCAACAAAGGUUUCACCCAGUUUCCAGACCUUUUGAAACACCAGCUCACACAUAAGGGUGAUAGACGUUUUCAAUGUGAUUUCUGUCAGAGCUGUUUCACCUACUCCUCCUCUCUAGAAAUACACAGACACAUUCACACUGCAUAGAAAUUCUUCAAUCCAUACCGUCAGUAAGUAGAAGAAUACUUGAUGCGAUGACCUGGAAUGUACUGCAUAAAAAGGCAGAGAAGCAUGUUCAAUGAUAACUUUCAAAAGAAAUUGAAUGUGUACUUGCAUGCGCAAGAUUUGGAGGAUUUUGGGGAAGGACCACAGAAAAUGUCUCUUUUACAAAGCUGGUAAAGAUCCAAUGCUGUGAGAUUCUAUCAUCUUCAACUCCAGCAUGACAUCUAUCAGAAUUGUUUUGUCAUCUGCUCUCUUGCAAUACAUUGGUAUAUCCACUCUCUGCAGGGGAAUGUGAAGAUUAUUUAGGCAAAGAAUUAUAAACAGACUACACACCCAGAGUUACCUACUCUCUUCCACUCAUCCGUCAUCUUUAGUCACGUAACUUCUGACCCUUAGUAGAAAAUUCUAGAUAACCUGAAUCUCGAAUAUGUGCCACAGAGGUUGGGAAUUUCUUCAAAAAACUUGCAAAAUUCAUCAAUUACUUUUCUUUCACGUUUCUUAAGCAAAUUCCACAAUAUAACUUCCUUAAGAAGACAUUCUUUAUCUAAUUUUCUGUUUAAAGUCUGCAGCAAUUUUUGCUUUCAACCUUAAAUCUUGAUUUGACCACAGGAAUAAUAUCUGUCUGACCACUGGGCAUUUGAAUGGCAUAGUUAUACCGAAAUGCUCUCCACCCUAUUGAAUACUGUGAAGUAUUUCCAUAUUACAUUUAUUAGUUUGCAUUUGUAGCAGAAUUAUCACACAGAAUUUUAAAGAUUUUUUCAGCUUUGUUUUCUGUUCAGCUUUCUGUUCAGAUGAAUUUAAUUUUAUCUGUUAGUGUUUGAACACAAACAAUUUCCACCAGUUGUGUUGCAGUGAGCGUUCAGAUUCAGAAAGGAUUCCUAAUUUGCUUGUGAUAUUGAAACCAUAAAUGGGGCUGGCUCGCUCAGUUGGCCAGAGGGUUCCCAGUAAUGCUAACAAUGGGUUUAAUUUCCACUCCAGCCAAGAUAGUCUUAGGACCUGUCUUCUUGGCUUGCGCCUGAGAAUGGAAGGCAGUGGCAAACCAGCAAUGGAAAGUUGCCAAGAUAACUGUUCAAAGUCAGCAGGCAAUGAUCCAUGAAUGAAUGCCAACCAUGUUACAUUUGUUUAACUUCAAGAAGUCUUCUGCAAGUUUACCAAUGGUGGUGGUGGUGGGGGGGGGGGGGGGGGGGAGGGGGGGAGUGGGUGGUGCAAAGUAACUGUCUCUCCAUUGGAUGCCUCAUCUCCUUGUGAGAAUAUUGUUUGUAGAGCAUUACCAUCAAUGAUCAAAUAUUGAUGAGGGCGACCUUCGGGGAAGCUGGCCCUUUACUUCAGACAAAAUUAACAUAAUACAUUUCUGGGGGAUUGUCUCAAGUUCACUUAGCUGAACCUAAUAUUGAUACAACCAUGAACCAGGAAACAUCUUGGACAUAUAGGACCAGUCAUUCAGAAUUCUGUGAAAGAUGGGAGGAAUACUCCCCAAGAACUUUUAAAUAUCUUGGUUUAGAAAAUAGUUUAAACAUUGAUGUCAGUAAAUCAACCUGUUUGGUCUAGUUGUGUCACCUUUGUGGUCAUCACAUCCUGAGAUGGGACUUGAACCCAGACCAUCUAGCCCAAGGGUAGGAACACUACCACUGUGCUACAAGAGCCGUUGUUGUUUGUCUGCCGACUUGUACAUAAAUUUAUACCUUGCAAUAAAUUUGAUAUAUAGCUUUAGCCUAAA